AUGUCGACACUUAUCAGACCUCCGCCAGCUGACCCCAGCAAGUCUGCAAUUGAAAGCGUACUUGAGCUCAAGCAGUUAACCGACAUUGAUCCUAAUAUCUUCACCAAUGCACGACCACUAUGGCACCCUCCAGGUGCUCGAGGUAUCUACGGAGGUGCCGUGAUCGCCCAGUGUCUGUCGGCAGCGCAACGAACAGUCCGCGAUGACUUCACCGUCCACAGCAUGCACUGCUAUUUCGUGCUGGCCGGCAAUGCAGAUAUUCCCAUCAUGUAUCACGUCGAAAAAGUUCGAGACGGCCGAAGCUUCGCUACACGUACGGUACAAGCACGGCAGCGCGGACGCCCCAUCUUUACAACAACCAUGUCGUUUGUACGAGAAAACAGCGGAGGUUCUGAGCAGGUCGAACAUGCAGUCGACAUGCCGGCAGUACCUGAGCCAUCGGAAAAGUCGAAUAUACUAGGACUGGACAACAGCCCUUUCGAGAGCCAACGCAUCCAUAUCCUAAACCACGAAUCAGAUCGGCCGCAAGACAAGAAGACAAGACAGUGGAUCAAGGCGCGAGGCAAGAUCAGUCCGAGUGGAGGACACCAGGCACACUUAUCGGCUCUUGCAUACAUGAGCGAUAGCUGGUUCAUAGGCACAGUAUCACGGGUGCACCGGCUGUGGAGAUUCUCGACAGCGGACAAGGACGGCAAGCCGGCAAUGGACAACUCUGUACUCGAGAAGCUUCGCAACAUGGAUGAUGAGACGCUGCGGAGAAUGCAGGGAAUGGACGAAGAUGUCAUCGAAACAUUGAGAAGCAUGAGGGACAUCAACAGCCCAGAACAAAGACGACCGGAAGUGGGCAUGAUGGUGAGUCUGGAUCAUACCAUCUACUUCCACUCGCCGCGCAAUUUCCGUGCAGACGAAUGGAUGUUCACGGAAAUGGAGAGUCCAUGGGCAGGAGAUGGCAGAGGGCUGGUGCUGCAGAGGAUGUUCACAAAGGACGGCGAGCUGGUUGCAACAUGUGUGCAAGAGGGCGUGGUCCGAUUAAAGGAGAGCAGCACGGCAAAGGUCGUGUCUAGCAAACUGUGA